AUGGUCUUCCCACCACAUUAUCAAAUUGGUGAUUCCACAGUGGAUGUCUUUAGUAAAUUACCUUAUCAACCGGAAAAAAUUUCAAAAUCUUUACCAAUAUUAGGAACUUCCAAACCAGGUUAUUCUCCAAUUUAUAGAAAUGAAUUAGUUAUUGAUGGUGAUUUAAUAUAUCGUCCAAAUAUUGAAACUUCAACUGUGUUCCAACUUUUUGAAUCUGAUGUUGGAAAAUUCCCACAUAAUAAAUUUCUUAGUGUUCCAAAUCCAAAUAAUAGUACUGGUAAUGGGUAUGAUUAUUUGACUUAUAAACAAGUUCAAACUUUAAGAAAUCAAUUAGGUUCAGGUAUCUUAUACACUUUAAAUCAAAUUUCCCCAUCAUAUAACAAUGAUUUCAUCUUAUCAAUUUAUUCACCAAAUAGAUAUGAAUGGACUUUAUUAGAUUAUACAACUCAUGCCUUUUCAAUAACAACAACUUCUCUUUAUGAUACUUUGGGUCCAGAUUCAAUAAAAUUCAUAUUAAAUCAUACAGAAAGUCCUGUUUUAGCAUUAACAGGUUCUAAAUUGGAUCAUAUAUUAGAUUUAAUCAACCAAGCUGAUCCCCAAAAUCCAUCAUUACCAUUUUUAAAACUUUUAAUAUCAUUUGAUCCAAUCACCCUAAACCAAAAACAAAAAGCAGAAUCAUUAGGUUUAAAAUUAUUCACACUAAAUGAAAUCAUUGAAAUUGGUAUCAAAUCACCACAAUCAUUAAUCCCACCAACUCCAGAUUCUAUAUUAACAAUUUGUUAUACAUCAGGAACAUCAGGAACUCCAAAAGGUGUUAUUAUAACUCAUGAAAACGUCUUAGCUUCCAUAAUGUCAAUCCAUGCAACUGUAGAUAUCCAACCUGGUAUUAUGCAUUUUUCAUUCUUACCAGUUGCUCAUAUCUUGGAAAGAGUUAAUUUAUUCUUAGCUUCCCCUGUGGGUGGUACUGUUCAUUUCCCUAAGAUUAGUUCAGAUCCAAAAACUUAUUUUAAUGAUAUUAAAUCUAUAAAACCAACUCAUAUGACUCUUGUCCCAAGAGUUUAUAAUAAAUUAGAAUCAUUAUUCAAAACAAAGAUUUAUUCAACAGGUUCUUGGUCAAAUAGAUUAACUAAACGUGCUAUUGCUUAUAAAUUAGAUAAAAUUUCUAAAAAUCAAGAUCCAACUCAUCAUUUUUAUGAUUCAAUAGUUCAUAAAAAGGUCAAAUCACUAUUAGGUUUUGAUAAUGUUAAAUAUUUUGUUUCUGGUGCAGCUCCAAUAAGUGGUGAAACUUUAUUAUUCAUUCGUGCUUUGUUCAACGUUCCUAAGUUUCAUGAAGCUUAUGGUUCAACAGAAACAACUGGUGGUGUGUUCUUGAACUCUGGUAAAGAAUUGAAACCAGGUACAGUGGGUCCUGUGGUACCAUCCGUGGAAUUUAAAUUAAAAGAUGUUGAAGAAAUGGGGUAUACAUUUAAUAAAAACCGUACUGGUGAGAUUUUAAUUAGAGGUCCACAAGUUUUCCAAGGUUAUUAUAAAGAUCCUGAAAAUACAAAAGAUGCAUUUGAAGAAGGUGAUUGGUUCAAGACUGGUGAUAUUGCACGUAUUGAUGAUCAAGGUAAAGUUUAUAUUAUUGAUAGACGUAAAAAUUUCUUUAAAUUAAGUCAAGGUGAAUAUAUUGCACCGGAAAAAAUUGAAAAUUCUUAUGUUUCUGGUAAUAGUGAUUUUAUUACUCAGAUUUGGGUUUAUGGAGAUUCUUUACAAAGUUCAUUAGCUGGGAUUAUUGGUGUUGAUUUAGAAACUCUUGGUGCAUUCUUGGUAAAGAAUGGGUUAGAUUCUAAUAUUAUUAAAAAUGAAACUAAAACCCAAGAGUUAUUAAAAUCUAAAGAUUUCAGGAAAUUAGUUUUGAAAAAUAUAAAUUCAAAAGUAUUAGGUUUACAAGGUUUUGAAAAAUUGAAAAAUAUAAGUAUACAGAUUGAUCCUCUAAGUUUAGAAAAUGAAACUCUAACUCCAACUUUGAAAAUUAAAAGACAUGUUGCUAAAAAAUAUUUUAAAGAUACAUUAGAUUCAUUAUAUCAAGAAGGUGAAUUAUUAAAUGGUGGUAAAUUAUAA